GGCCGGAGAGUGAGAAGUUGAGCGGAGGCGCUGCCGCGCUCGCCCCGCGGCUCAGGUGGCGCGAUCGCGUCUAGGGGCGCCUGGCGCCGGCUCGCCCCGCCGGGGAAGGAGAAGGUGCAGAGCGAGGACCGGCUGGCAGUCACCUGAAGAGCCAGGCGCUCGCGCAGAAGGCAAAAGGACGCGCCCCGGCCGAGCCAGCCCCGGCUCCACCGCUGCCCGCCCGUUGAGGGCGGUGGGAGCCUGGAGCUGCGGGGCACACCGCCUGGUCGCUGGGACGCCUCAGCCAUCUUGACCGCGCCGCGUGGGGGCUGACGGCGAAACUUCCCUGCUGCCGCCGCUCCGUGCCCGGCCGGCACUGGAGAAACAGGGGCGAAAGAAUCGGCGACCCCCCUCUCUGCGUGGCCAGCCCCGCGAGGAGCGAUGCGACGGCGGCUGAGGGGCCUUCCUUGAGCGGACCCGGACCCCUUUCCUCCGGCGGCUCCCCCGCCCCCUUCACCGGCUGCUCGCGGGACCGCCUCCCUCCCGGGUGACGGGACCCCUGCGGGGGCUGCGAGCCCUCUCACCUGCGGCCGGCACGGCAGGGGCUGCCCUCCGCCGUCCAGAGGGGUAGCCGAGGCGGCGGGUACUGUGGCGCCGCGCUCCCCGUGGCUGCCGAGCGGGACGGGAGAGGAGUCGAGGCCGCCGCCCGCCCGCCGCCGAGCAUGGAGUGGAGUUACCUGUUGGAAAUCACCUCGCUGCUCGCCGCCCUGUCCCUGCUGCAGCGUGCCGGCUGCGCCGCCGCCUCGGCUGCCGCCGCCGCGUCCUCUUCCUCAUCCUCGGCCAAGGAGCUGUCGUGCCAGGAGAUCACCGUGCCCCUCUGCAAGGGGAUCGGCUACAACUACACCUACAUGCCCAACCAGUUCAACCACGACACGCAGGAUGAGGCCGGGCUGGAGGUGCACCAGUUCUGGCCGCUGGUGGAGAUCCAGUGCUCCAGCGACCUGCGCUUCUUCCUCUGCAGCAUGUACACCCCCAUCUGCCUGGAGGACUACAAGAAGCCGCUGCCGCCCUGCCGCAGCGUCUGCGAGCGGGCCAAGGCCGGCUGCGCCCCGCUCAUGCGCCAGUACGGCUUCGCCUGGCCGGACAGGAUGCGCUGCGACCGCCUCCCCGAGCAGGGCAGCCCGGACACGCUCUGCAUGGACUACAACCGCACGGACCUGACCACGGCCGCCCCGCCGCCCGCCAAGCCCCCGCUGCGCGGCGCCAGGCCCGGCGUCCCCGCCAAGGCGCCCCCCGCCGCCGCCGCGCCGCCCGCCGAGGCCCCGCGCAAGCCGCGGCCGCCGCCGCCUUGCGAGCCGGGCUGCCAGUGCCGGGCGCCCAUGGUGUCGGUGUCCAGCGAGCGGCACCCGCUCUACAAUCGCGUCAAGACGGGACAGAUCGCCAACUGCGCCCUGCCCUGCCACAACCCCUACUUCAGCCCGGACGAGCGCGCUUUCACUGCCUUCUGGAUCGGGCUCUGGUCUGUGCUCUGCUUCCUUUCCACCUUCGCCACCGUCUCCACCUUCCUCAUCGACAUGGAACGCUUCAAGUACCCCGAGCGCCCCAUCAUCUUCCUGGCCGCCUGCUACCUCUUCGUCUCUCUCGGCUACCUGGUGCGGCUGGUGGCCGGGCACGAGAAGGUGGCGUGCAGCGGCGGGGCGGGGGCGGGCGGCGCGGGAGCCGGGGCGGCGGGGGCCGGCGGUGGCGCGGGGGCGGCGGCGGCGGCGGGGGGGGCGCGGGGCGCGGGUGGCGCGGCAGAGCUGCAGCCGGAGCUGGCGGUGGCCGAGCAUGUCCGAUACGAGAGCACCGGCCCGGCGCUGUGCACCGUGGUCUUCCUGCUCGUCUACUUCUUCGGCAUGGCCAGCUCCAUCUGGUGGGUCAUCCUCUCCCUCACCUGGUUCCUCGCCGCCGGCAUGAAGUGGGGCAACGAGGCCAUAGCCGGCUACGCACAGUAUUUCCACCUGGCCGCCUGGUUGCUUCCCAGCGUCAAGUCCAUCGCCGUCCUAGCACUCAGCUCUGUAGACGGGGACCCCGUGGCCGGCAUCUGCUACGUGGGCAACCAGAGCCUGGAGAACUUGCGGGGCUUCGUGCUGGCACCGCUGCUCAUCUACUUGGCCAUAGGCUCCAUGUUCUUGCUCGCUGGUUUCGUCUCGCUCUUCCGCAUCCGUAGUGUCAUCAAGCAGCAGGGCGGCCCCACCAAGACCCACAAGCUGGAGAAGCUGAUGAUACGGCUGGGGCUCUUCACCGUGCUCUACACUGUGCCAGCCGCCAGCGUGGUCGCCUGCCUCUUCUACGAGCAGCACAACCGGCCCCGCUGGGAGGCCACGCACAACUGCCCCUGCCUGCGCGACCAGCAGCCUGAUCAGGCCCGCCGCCCUGACUACGCUGUCUUCAUGCUCAAGUACUUCAUGUGCCUGGUGGUGGGCAUCACCUCUGGGGUCUGGGUCUGGUCUGGCAAGACCCUCGAGUCCUGGAGGGCCCUCUGCACCCGCUGCUGCUGGGCCAGCAAAGGUGCUACCGUGGCUGGGGGCACAGGGGCAGGAGCAGGAGGGCAGGCAGCCAUCGCCACAGCAGGAGGACUUGGGGCCGGAGGUGGUGGCUCCCUCUACAGUGAUGUCAGCACGGGCCUGACGUGGAGAUCGGGCACUGCCAGCUCUGUCUCCUACCCCAAGCAGAUGCCCCUGUCUCAAGUGUGAGGAGGGGGAAAGAGGCCAAAGGUUAAGGAAUGAGGGACACUGGCCUGCCUAAAUGCCCCCUCACUGUUUGGUGCCAUUAAUGAACCCCUAAUGGUCCUUAUUAGCUGCAGCUUGUAUAGAACAAUGCAGCUGGCAGAGGCCCCGGGCCCCAGCCCCCUCCUCCUUCCCCUCCAUUCAUAUGCAGGGAGCACGUACUUCAAGGAGCCAGCUUAUUAUUUUGCUGGCAGAGAGGAGGGUAGAGGCUCACCGGUGUCUUGCAGAGGGCAAGGCACAGCAGCUUCUGAUUCACUAUGGACUAACAGCAGUUCUCUUGUGGGAGGGAGGGUCAUUCUUUCCCCCCCACCACCCCAUCCUGAGGUGGGAAUCUGCUGGGACUGCAGGUUUUUGGGAUAUUGAUGACCAGGCAAAUGCCUUACAAUACAGACUGAAUCAAAACAUGUCUUAAUUAUACACCCCAGCUAAAUACGGGUUUCCUACAUUAAAGGAUGUAUUUAUAUAAUUAUUUGUUACCUUGUACAGAUGUGUAAAAUAUGUAUAUAUCCAAAGCUAUACAGUCUGUAAAUUUUUUUUGUAAAAAAGUUUAGAGGCUACCCCUGUAAGAGCAAAUAUGAGUAUUCUAUUUUGUCAAUAAAAUGACUUUUGAUAAAUAA